CGGAAAAGAAAGCCAAGUAGCGCGUGUUCGUGCUUAUGCCGCAACUUUCGUCCGAGAUUUGUCUUAUUCCUGUGCAGAAAAAAACGGAUUUAUCAUUGCUACUUGCUCCUUCUGCUAAUUCAGCAGGAUAAUUUCCAUUUUGGAAAGGUUUCCUUGAAGAAAGAGGGCAUGAACAACGGCUGCAGUACUGGGGAGGAGGACUCUCGAGGGCCUUCAAAUCAGUUUUGCUGCCUGAUCGACGAGGGAGAACGAUGCAAUAAGGUGGCCGGAAACGCUUCCUACAGCAAGCGAAUCCAGAAAAUAGUAGCCCAGAGACGGUUAAGGCUACACAUUGACGACACUGCCCGGCACAAUUAUAUUUGUGAAUUCCACAAAACGAUGAUCCAGUGUGCGAGAACAAAGCGGCGGCGCAAAGACUCUGAAGAAGAUUCAAAUGGAACCGACUCUGAAGUACCUGAAGUUGACCUGUCCCAAUUGCAGGUUAACACUCUCCGCAGAUAUAAGCGUCACUUCAAACUGCAGUCCAGACCGGCCCCGAGCAAAUCGCAGCUCGCAGAAAUCCUAAUGAAUCACUUCAAGUCCAUUUCGGUACCGGAAAAAGAGGUCACUACGUUUUUCAUUUACACAGUUAAAUCUAAUGGAAACAAACUCGACCAAAAGAACGGACUCUCAUCUGAACCUGUGUGACUCGCAAAGGGAGAAAAUAAGUGAACCUUAAUUUUAAACGGACUUCUUGACUUAUCCUGUUGAAAUAUAGGCCAAAUUUCAUUUUGUAGCUUUACUGUGUUACUUGCAUUACCGCCUGCAAAGUAAACAUGCCUCACUGUUUUUAUAGAAAUUGUGGAUGCGAAAUCAGCUUUAUGUUAUGAAUCUUUGCGCACCCUAAUGCGUGCCCAGGUUUUUAUAACUUGGAAUCACACCCAGUGUUUGUCAACCCAGCAAUUAUUGUUCUUUAUUUACUUUGUUGCUAUUUUAAUCCUAUUUGACUCGUCAAAGGCAGUGCAUUUGAGACCAAAUUAAUUUUGAAAUAUUUCUGACCUUUUGCUAAUGCACCACCCAUGAUUAAAUUGAUGACAAAUGAAUAGAAAAUAUGAAUAAAUAAUAUAGGAAGUAAUCAAAAAUUCAAAAAA